AUGGAAAACAGAAGACCAAUAAGAAUACAGAAGAAAGAGGAAAUUCUUCGAAUUAAAGAGACAGCGCCCAGCGCAGAGGCUCCUCCGCGAGAAGCAAUCCCUGGGAACAUAUACUCAUCGCACCCUUCCUCGAAGACCCCUGAACACAGCGUAGAGUCUGACAGUGCAGAAGAGAACACCCUUACAGAGGACUCAGAUGACCAAACUCCGUACAAAACAACAAACACUUCAGAAGAUGAAGAUGGAGAAGAAAGCAAACUCUACAAAACAAAAAAAGAUAGAGUUGCAGACCAGAAAUGCCAUAAAAAGAGAGCUGCCAGCAAUGUGCAGAGAUACUUUUCUCUCUAUGCCUCUCUGCUUGUGUCGGUGGCCGUGGGAUACUUCCUAUACAGGAUAAACUACACAUGCCACAAAAACAUACAGAUCUUGGAGGAUAACAGCAAAUUACUUUCAGAAAAGGUGUCAGAGCUCGAGGCUUUUCUGCACAGUAAGCACAAGGAGAUAGACGUAGCAGACUAUCUAGAAGGCGCCAGGAUAAUCCACGAUCUAACUACUGAGUCAUUUUCAAAGGCGCACUGGAUCAGGCCAGUCAAAGGGCUCAGUGCUGAGGUAGCAAUUGACAGAGUGUGCACGAAGCACCACUGCUACUCGUUUGGAGGAGAAGAGGGAAAGCUGGCAAUUGCUUUUAAAAAUGAAAAAAUAAUCAGAAAAAUAGGAAUUCUCCAUCCGCUGUACGAUAACAGACAGUCAGCCAUAAAAAAAUUUACAGUUGACUGCAUAGUAAAUAACGAGCACGUGAGAGUAGGAGAGUUUGAGUACGAAAUACCGGGAGACUCUUUCCAGCAGUUCGUCAUCCCCGCAACCAAGUGUACAGGAAUUAUAUUUAGAAUAAAAUCCAACCACGGAAACAAAGAGUAUACUUGUAUAUACAAAGUAUACGCGUUUGAAUAA